UAAACUCCAAGCGGCCAAGCCCACCGCCAAUCACUCAUCCAAGUAUCCAACAAAGAACAAACCCACCCCCGCCGCUGAGAUCGAAUCCGACCUUAAUUUUCACCUGCUCGCUGAUCUCGCCGGCCGUCGACCGCCAUGGGGAUGGUGCUGGGCAAGAUCACGGUGGAGACGCCCAAGCACGAGGUGCUCCACACCGGCGCCGGCUACGAGGUCCGCAAGUACCCGCCGUGCGUCGUCGCCGAGGUCACCUACGACCCCGCGGAGAUGAAAGGCGACCGCGACGGCGGGUUCACCGUCCUCGGCAACUACAUCGGCGCCCUCGGCAACCCGCAGAACACCAAGCCAGAGAAGAUCGACAUGACCGCGCCGGUCAUCACCUCCGGCGAGCCCGAGAGUAUCGCCAUGACGGCCCCGGUCAUCACCUCCGGUGAGCCUGAGCCGGUGGCGAUGACCGCGCCGGUGAUCACGGCCGAAGAGCGCAGCCAGGGGAAGGGUCAGAUGACAAUGCAGUUUCUGCUGCCGUCCAAGUACAGCAAGGUGGAGGAGGCGCCGCGGCCGACGGACGAGCGGGUGGUGCUGCGGCAGGUGGGGGAGAGGAAGUACGGGGUGGUGAGGUUCAGCGGCCUGACCGGAGACAAGGUGGUGAAGGAGAAGGCGGAGUGGCUCAAGGCCGCGCUGGAGAAGGACGGGUUCACCGUCAAGGGCCCCUUCGUGCUGGCGCGGUACAACCCGCCGUUUACUCUGCCUCCGCUGCGCACCAACGAGGUCAUGGUCCCCGUCGAGUGAUACGGCGAGACUCCAUUGUUGGUGUCUAGUGAUGUACUGAUGCGCAUGUACUUUUAUCAGGGUGUCCUUGUUACUCCUAGGCCCUAGCUAUUUCUCUAUUUCUUUAUCCUUUUGACUUUGUUCUGUACUGAUGUAUGUUUGGAUCAACGAAUAAUGGACAUAUCUUGGGAAAAAUUUCAGUAGUC